AUGAUGUUGAUGGAUUUUUAUGACAAUAAUAUCCGACCACAUUACGGAAACAAACCUAAGAAGUCAACAAAAAAGUAUGCAACUCUUCUGUAUGAAAUUAAUGACGGCCGUGCGCCAGAUAACAACACUGCACUCUUUGGCACCAAGAAGAAAAAACAAGAAGUGGUGCUCAUUAGCGAUGCUGAGGAGGAUGGCAAACGCAAGGCCAAGAAAGCGAAAACCCGCGAUGUCAGUUUGGAUGCUGCCAUAAUUGAGCAUCUGGAUGAAACUGAUGAAAUGGAGAGGAACUGUCCCAAGAUGGAUGAUUUCCCAGAUGAUGAUAUCAGUGAUGAGAAACUGUUCCUUGAACUACUCUCAGACGACGAAUACAAAAGCGAUAAAGCAGAAAAUGUAUUUGAUAGAACUGAGGACCUAGAUGAAGGCAUUAAGAAUAUGUUUGAUGACCUUGGAAUUCCUGUUGAAGAUGUUGUCGGCUCAGAUGAAGAAUCGAAAUCGUCCGUUAUUGAUCUUGUAUCAUCUCCCUCUUCUUCUUCUUCUUCCUCUUCUUCUUCCUCUUCUUCAUCAUCAUUAAUGAAGACCAAAUGCAAGCCCACAUCAGUUUUACAACACAAGUCUGAGCCUACCUCAUCCAAGAUGUGA